UGUCUCUACCUGAGUGGAAUAUCCCAGCCGUAACCACGCCCUCACCCCGCCCCCCACAGGAACUGUCCGUGUGCUAGGCUGGCCGCGAGCCCGUCACCAGUCCCCACCAGGCAGUCCCAUAUAGGCGACACUCACUAACCAGACACGCACGAGCUUACAAGCGAAGGAUCAGAACCACACACACACAUACAUAUUUGCAACACAAACACGUAGAUAUAGAAGAGAGCACAGCACACAAACACACACAUACAAAAAAAACAUACUUACAUAUACAUACAGACGAAAGAGUAACACAUACACAGAAAUCAACAUACAUAUCCAUACAAAGGCACAUCACUUGUACAUACUUAAACAUAUACAUCCAUACAUACAAAGACAAAGUACUUAUAGACAUACACACAAAAACAUCAUAUACUAUUUACACAUCUUCACACGUUCUCAUCUCACUCCUCCCUUUAGUGACUAGAAACUUCAGAUGUACACUAAUUAACUCCACCCACACGUAGCGGCUGCAGCACCUUUGCCGCGAUUCAAACUCAGGUGUGGGGUUAAUUGUCACUACACCAGGUCGUCUCGUGCAUGUCAACCAGCAAGCAUGAGACAAAACGAAGUCAUGAUGGCGCUGGUGAAGGCAGAUCUGAGGCAGUCGUCAGCUGCUUCUAAUCUUGUCUUCAAUGAAAAGGUGAAGGCGCUCAUCAAGGAGGGUCGGGACAUCUCUCAUUUCGCCUUCGGACAGUCGCCCUUCCCUAUUCCGGAGUGUCUGACGAAGGCGGUGCAGGACUACGCCCACGUACAUGACUACCUCCCCAUGGCUGGCAUCCCGGAGCUGCGUGACGCCCUGGUGAGGUUCCACGCGCGAUACGACAACACCCGCCUGGAGAGGGAGAACCUGGUGGUGGGGCCCGGCAGCAAGGAACUGAUCUUCCUCAUUUUGACGACUUUCAGUGGCGACAUCCUGCUUCCCUCGCCCGCCUGGACCACGUACGCCUCCCAGUGCCGCCUCGCAGGGAAGGACCCCAUCAUCCUGCCCACCUACGCCAGGAAGGACUGGAAGCUGGAGCCUCAAGUCCUGCGGCAGGCGAUGACGCAAGAGGAGGUGGAGGGGGGGGAAGGUGGCUCUCAGUGGAAGCUGCUUAUUCUUACCAACCCUGGGAACCCGAAUGGAACGUGUUAUACUGAGGAGGAACUGAAGGGGCUGAGCGCGGCAUGUCGGCAACACAAGAUUAUCGUACUUAGUGACGAAAUCUACGGGCGCCUCACCUUCAGUAGAAAGCACGAGAGUAUGGUGAAACACUACCCUGAAGGCACCAUCCUGACCAGCGGCUUCAGCAAGUGGGCUUCAGCAGGGGGAUGGCGGAUAGGGUACGCCCACUUCCCCUCCGCCCUGUACCCAAUGCUAGAGGCGGUGCUAAACGCAGCCUCCCACACCUACUCCUGCGCCCCCGCCCCCAUGCAGUACGGCGUGGCUAAGGCUCUAAAGGAGAGUUCCCUGGAGUUGGACCAAUAUAUGGGGGACUGCGCUAAGGUAUUGCAUGCCGUGAGCGAGUACUGCUUCAAGGAGCUCUCUGCCGUGGGCGUAGGCGGCGUGAAGAGCCAGGCUGGGUACUACUUUCUGGCGGACUUCGAGGUGGUGCGGGAGGGGAUGCGGCGUCGCGGCCUGCACACCAGCGAGGAGAUGACCAAGGCCAUGCUGGAGGAGGCAGACGUGGCGCUCAUGUCCUCGCAGCCUUUCCUCCGGCCCUCCUCAGAGCUCACCACUCGGUUUUGCUUCGUCUGCUUCGAAGGGGCGGCUGCGCUACAAACACUGAGGACCUUACCUUCCUCUAGCGCGCCCCUCGGGGAUGACUUUGUUCGCGAGCACUGCCCACGGUCGUCAAGGGCGUGGAGAACCUGAAGCAUUGGGUCGUGAAGCAUAGCUAAGUGUGGGAGCGACAGGAAGGGAUGAGAGAUUGAGUGGGGAAAAGUAAGAAAGAUAACACACAUGAAAGUAAGAUAUGGAAGGAGUGAAUGGAAAGGAAUGAGUGAAUGAAGAACAAGAAGUGAGGAAGGAAAAAAAGGUAGAGGAUGCGAGGAAUUAUUUGUGCAGGAUAUAGUUAAGAAAUAAGAAUCAUGUCUAUUGUUAGCUAAUGGAAGGGGUGAGGAAGAGAAGUGGAUGCUGUACGGUGACAGAGUGAGUGGAGGAUGAAGGGAGUGGUAAGGUGGAUGUGAGGUGGCUGUAAGAGGUAAUAUAUGAGGAGUGAGAAAGAAAAGGAUGAGGACAGCAGGAAGGAGCGGUUAAGGUGAGAAAGUACGUGUGGGGUGAAAGGAGUGGUGGUGUGAAUGUAGCAUGGAAUUGUGGGAGGUGAGAGGGAUUGAGGAGUGAAGAAAGCUAGGGAGAUAGUGGAAGGAAGGAGGAAAUGUGGAUGCAAUACUGGUAAGAGGAUGAGUGGGGAUGAAUGGAGUGAUUGUGUGGAUGUGAGGAGUUGUGAGAGGCGGUGGUUGAGAAGUAGGAAAAAAUAUGAAGGUGGUGGCUGGAAGGAGUAAGGAAGGAAUGCGAAUGGAGAGGGAGGAAUGACUGAAGAACGACAGGGAAUGAUGGAAGGAGAGAUGUACGUACAACCAGACAAUAUAUAUGUACUGUGCAAUAUAGUGAGAUUAUAUGUAUAUUUGUUUACGCUGGUCUUGAAAUAUAAUGACAUGGUGGUGAAGUAAUAUGCAUCGUGUAGUUAAGGAAAAUAGCUAAAGAGAGUAUUUAUGAUGUGCACUACAAACGUAUCAUGUACUAUGCAUAAGAAUUAAAUUUGAUGUAUAGUUUUUGUUUCAACGAAGGUGAUAGAAGGUUGUUUUUGUUGUUGUUGUUGUUGUUGUUGUUGUUCCGGUUGUCUCUGUUCACACUGCCAUUAAAUAAUCCUCAAAUCGCCGGUGGAGGAGGCAGGUAAGUGAGAGGCAGCGAGGGAAGGGCAGCUGGUGGACAGGUGACCCCAGCAAGGAGGGCGGGAUGGAUGUGGACAUAACAAGCCCCGUGGUGGGAGAGAGGAGAGAGGAGAAAAAAAGGGGGACGAAAAAAAAAGACGUGGAUUUGUGCCAGGGCUGGUCACCGACACUUACUGGCAGACAGGUGGACAGUGUGGGCAGCAUUAGAGUCACACCACUAUCAUCAUCAUCAGCCAGGGAGUGCCACGUUAUCAUCAAAUAAAAACCACAAAAUUGGACCCAACCUUCUUCCUCCCUCGACCACAACACAGCCUUCAUAUUCCACCCGUGCGGGGCGUGAUGGCGUAACCUACCACUGCCAUCAUCAUAACGAGUGCCGCACCAAUGCUAACAAAUAAAAUGUUAAACUUUAA